UUGCCAAUCACAAAAGGUGGACAUAAAUUCACAAUUACUGAGUAUCGUGGGGACUGGGAGUGGCAUUGCCACACUUGGCGCCCCCGGGCCAGCUGGCAGGGUGUGAGCAUGUGCAUGAAAUGCCCAGCCCAGUCUCGAGGAGAUGCUGGACUUCUCUACUACAAUUUGGGGAGCUGUGUUGAGGACGGAUGUAGGUGGGUACAGGAAGAGUAUUCACUUGCUGGUUUUAUUGCCAAGAGCCUGAAAGACAGAAACUUGUGUCCUCUACUUCAAAUCUACGGGUUCCAUCCCGGGUGCAUACGCUGGUGCACAAUGCAUGCCUUAAAUCUAGGCAUUCUCUUCACCGUCAAUGGUGGGGGUCUGAUGCUUUUGAUGGAUCUUCUGUACUUCGGGCCAAGAACCUUUGAGGAGCAGCUGGAUACUGCCUACAAGAGUUUCGUGGGGUUUUGCCGCCAACACAAAAUCCAUCAUUCCCAGCCACCCUUCACUAGGAGAAGUGUGCUACGCAAAACUGGUGAAGUUGGAUUGGUCGCAAAGGCUUGGAAUGGCCGAUGUGUUCUCAGAUGGCUGUCCCACUGCUUGCAAGAUGCUUUGGUAUCCAAUGGGGACAAUGACUGUUUAGUGCUGACCACUGCCGCUACGAGUUCGCUGGCGCACUUCUUCAGCUUGAUGGAAUCCAGUCCACGGGUGCUGUUCUGGCUCAUGUGUGCCAUGAUCUUCGCCGCUACAGAUCCAAUCCACGCUACUGGCAUACAUUCUGGGACGAGGAUGCAAUGAAAUGGAUGAAAGGUUGCUAUCCAUGAAACACCGCGUCCGCAAGUUGAACAAGAGCGCAAGACGUUAGCGGCAAAAA